AAAAUCUGGCACACGGCCAGAAUGCAUCAAAACUUGACUGGUUAAAGAAGAUCUAAUUUCCAGCGAGCGCGAAUGUGGAAACUGAAGGUAGAUUUACAAUAAAUGAUGUUUUCAGAAUGAAGAGAAGAGAUAGAGUGGAUAUAGAUUAAAUAUAUAUAUAUAGAUAUAUCAUAGUAACCAUGGCAUUGACAGGACCAACAUCCGUGUUAGACAGUGGAUCUCGCGAGGAUUGUCACGUACUGCGAGAUCGUGUCACGAGACGUAGAAGUCCUGGACCUCAACCUGUCAGACCUGUUUCUACAGAAGAUGAAGACAUUCUGUAUCGAUACCCGCAACCAUAUCGUACUAGUUUCUCUGCGACAUUGAAACUAGAGCGGGGUAAGCGUAGUGACCGGUGCCGCUCGUUAAGUCCGGCAACCAGCUUGUUAAGCGCGCAUAGCAACCUGACUAUAUUAAGUACUAAAAGUAGCAAGAGUCACAAAAAGGGUGGACGUAAUCGGUCAAAGAGUCCGAAACGCGUGACCUACAACAACCAAGUGACUAUUAGACAAUCGGGUAAAACUGACAGUAUUUUAACGGGGUUAUCGAAUCCCGAUUACGAAUCUAGUCCAAAUCCAUUUUCUUCAUCAACUCCACAUUACAUGAACAAUUUAUCCAAAAGUGAAGAUUACGAAAAAGAUUAUUCGUCACAGUUGAGAGAAAUAUCUCAGCAGAUUAUGGAGUGGUCUCCCCUGAAUAGCGGUAAAACUAGUCCCAGUAGCCUUGUAAAGGAACAAAUUGACGUGGAAAGUAACUUGAAUAACGUUCGUCCUAAUUUAUCUAAUUCUGUCCGAUCACCAGUUCGGGUCACGGUCGAGAAAUGUGACGAUAAGGAAAACUGGACGUAUCCAGUGAAGACACUUGACGAUCCUUCGCCGAAGAAUCGAAUGAAUAUAUCACGAGAAUAUGUUCACGAUCGUACAAUCAGUUAUCGUAAAGCAGUCCAAGAUCAAUAUUCAGAUGAUUUUGGUCCCUCGGAAGACAGCGGCAUCGAUACAAAAUCACCGGAAAGUCAGAAAGACAAUUUGAAUACAUUACCAACUGGGUCGAAGGGAGAUGAUAGUCCGAGUCCGGGGCAUCUUACGCCACAUAAACGGGGGAACAGUUUCACUAAUUUUUUCCGCAGAAUCUCUCCACAUCUCAAUCGACGGAAGGGCCGUGACAAACACAAAUCCGGAAACGGCAGCGCUCAAAGUUUGUCGAAUACGAGUGAUUGCGGAUCUGUGUCGUUUGAUACAGAUUAUUGUACCGAUUCCGGUCAGGAGAAGAGAAUGUCACGAAGUAAAGUCCGUCAUUCACUCAUGAAAUUAAUCGGAAGAUCGAAAUCCAAGUCGAAGAAUAAGGAUCUUGAUGCCAAGAAGGAUGACAACCUAACAGACAAUGGAUCCGAAACACAAGUUUUAAAUAACAAACAACAAUUUCCAGUUAGCACUAACAGAAUCUUGAAAUCGAUCGAACGUAACACGCUCUCCGACAAAGAUAUUCAUCAGAAAAUGAAGGAAAAUCAUCGUCAUGGUGAUAUUCCCUCCAACAGAUACGGUCCCGUAAAAACGUCCCCUGACACUACAUCCUCAUCCAAUGAAAUGUCUCAAUACAUGAAUGAGUCGUAUGGUAGUCAAGAUCAUGGUGUGAACCUCGACACAUCUGGCCAGUCUUCAGAUUAUAAAGUAGAACCUCCUAGGUCACUGGAUGUUCUUCCUCCACGUACAGUCAAGGUUCUCCAGUCUUCUGUGAUGAGCAGUAGUAAUUCUGGUGAUGAAUCGAUUGGUGAAUGUUCCUUGGAUGUCAACAUGACUACCGUGAGUGAACCGUCAGUGCUAAGUGGAGCCAGCCAAUCAGGAACAUCGAAACAAGUCGCACUUAGUCAAGACUUGGUGAAAUCUACGGACAGUCGUCACGAUGUCAGCUUGACGAAAAAGACUCGUGAAAAACCUCAUUUUCACAGUGUUUUGUUGGAGAGUAACAAAGAAAAUGCUAUCCCGCAUAGACAAUCUCCGUCAUACAAUAGCGAUUCAGACUUAUCUCCCUUGGAUCCUUCGCGUAAACCAUCGUAUUUAAAAAUUAGUUGUGCUGUGAGUGGCUAUGGUAGUUAUAGCCAAUACACUUCGUAUAAAGACAUAGAGAAACGCUCACCUUACUCUAGUAACAGUUCCGUGAUAUCGAAUUCAAACUCACCAGAAAACGCAAUGCCAUCUGUAAGAGAUAUACGAACAAGUGAAGACUGUUUACGUGCUGCCGUUGGCCAAGGAUUACACGGGCCUACAUCGUUAAAUUGUGGUCAUGAUUUAAACGGAGGAGCGUAUUUGAAUGGACAUUUGUAUCCUACUGGUGAUAAGGAAAAGGAUGGCGAUUAUUUUCUAUAUUUAACUCAGUCAGAAGAAGAUAGAUUAUUAGUAUUAUGUUCACAAUCUGAAAUAAACACAUCAACACAAUCUAUACCCGAAGAAGCAUCAGGUAGAAUACGAGCCGCCAUUGGUAAAGCCCACCUUCUGAUAAAUAAACGAUUUCAACAGUUCCGUGAAUUAUGUAAAGAUCAUCAGUACCCUGAUCCUGAAGCUAAACCAACCAACUGGGAGGAUUUACAAGGUUUCUGGGAUAUGGUCAAGAUACAGAUAGAUCAUGUAGACGAUAUGUUUACAGAAAUAGAACUAAUGAGAAAUAAUGGAUGGAAGGAAAUACCUUUACAGCUUUCUCGUCGUAGUUCUGCUAGUUCUAGUCCAAAAUCUGGAAGUUUGUCUCAAAAUAGUACACCUGGUCACACUCCAGGUACCAAGAGAAAAACUCUCAAACCCAAAGAAACCCCCGAAUCUUCUCCCGAAAGAAGCCAAAAAGCAAAACAGGCAGCAAAAGCUCGGGACGAAGCGCGUAAAAAACUUUUAGCCGAAAAACGCGCAGCAAUGAAACAACAACAAAAUGAACAGAAAGGAGUGGAAAUUUAUUUAACGGAAAGUGGAACCAAACAAUGAUAAAAACUAUAAAAUAUUUAUAUAAACACAAUACUCGUGAUAUUAUUCUACUAGCUUGCUACGUCUUUUAAGGAUUCGUUAAUUGCACGCAAACCGUCGUAAAAUCCUUGGUGAUUAAUCUUUAUAAGGAUUCGUCAUUUGCACGCAAGCAGUCGUAAAAUGCUUGGUGAAUAAAACUAUAUAAGGUAACGGAUAACGGCUUACGCUAUUUAUAACAUUUCAUUCAUCCAAUCGAUCGUACGAUAGCCAGAUGAAUCAAGAACUAAGUGAAUGAGGUUCAGAUUCUGAGCAGACGACAUUUAAGAUGUACUAUCAACAGUGGGAAUCGUUUCUAUGGUUACAUUAUAAUUAACGAUAAUUAGUCUGUUACGCUUACUUUCUGUCCGUCAUCAAUUGAUCAACCAAUCAAACGAACGGAAUAUCUUUUAAUGAUGUAAUAUCUUAAAGAUAUUGUUUCCGAAUAUCGUUAAUUAUAUCAUCGUUGCAUUUUAUGCUCAGAGUCAUUAUAAUGAUAAUUAUAUUAAUAUCGUAAACAAAAGUCAUAUUUUAAUUUAUAUGUUGAUUAUAUAUACAUAUGUGUAACUUUAACAGCAUUUAUUAACAUCAUCAUCCAAUUAAACAAUUUAUGUUUAAUAAAUGUGCAAUUCUUGUCAUCCCUAUUCUUAUUCUCCUUGCCCAAAUUUCGUCACGUCUUUCGUAAAAAAACAUUUACUUUCAAAUCUUAAUGACCAUGUUCACAAACAUAAAACUCUUGUGAUCGCCACAACCAUAAAACUCUUGUGAUCGCCACAAACAUAAAACUCUUGUGAUCGCCACAAACAUAAAACUCUUGUGAUCGCCACAAACAUAAAACUCUUGUGAUCUUCACAAACAUAAAACUCUUGUGAUUGCCACAAACAUAAAACUCUUGUGAUCGCCACAAACAUAAAACUCUUGUGAUCGCCACAAACAUAAAACUCUUGUGAUCGCCACAACCAUAAAACUCUUGUGAUCGCCACAACCAUAAAACUCUUGUGAUCGCCACAAACAUAAAACUCUUGUGAUCGCAGAGGUGAUGAAAUUCUUUCUCUCUUUUAGAAAGUUAAGAUGCUAAAAUUCUAUGGUUGAAAUGUUUUUAUGUUUUGUGAAUAGGUGAAUAAGAUUUGUAGUAAAUGUUUUUAAUAUUUAUACAGUAAAUAUUCAGGUUAUCAUACCGAACAGCAAGGUUAUUUAAAAUACUUAAAUCAUUAAAUAUUAUCAGGGGAUUCGAACUUCCUUCUUUAAUUAAUAUGGUUUAUCAGUUAGGCCUGGUACCAUGUACACGUUUUCGUUGGUGAAAUAGUCGGUCUAAUGUAAAUGUAAUGGGAUCGUUUCCAUGUAACUGGUGAAAACGCGUACAUGGAAAACAGGCUUAUCAGUCAGGCCUGGUACCAUGUACACGUUUUUGCCAGCGAAAUAGUCGGUCUAAUGUACAUGUAAUGGGACUGUUUCCAUGUGACUGGCAAAAACGCGUACAUGGAAAACCGGCUUUACUCAGUUUGUUUAUUCUUAACAACUUGUAAUUUAUUCGUAUUAUUACAUUGGGAUUUUACUGUAGCAUUAUGUUGGCAACGGUUUCAAUUUUGUUAAAGUGAGGCCAUUUGUGUCGCAUCAGUUUUAUAGUGGACGCCUUUAUCUUACUAUAACGCAGAUCUGAACAUCGGUGUUAUAGUGAAGCCUGUUAUCUUACAGAUCUAAACAUCCGUUUUAUAGUGGAGGCGAUUGUCUAACUAUAACGCCGAUCCGAACAUCGAUGUUAUAGUAGAGACCGUUAUCUCACUGUAUCACAGAUCUAAACAUCAGUUUUAUAGUGGAGGCCCUUGUCUAACUAUAACGCAGAUUCGAACAUCGAUGUUACAGUGACGUCUUACUGUAUUAAAUACAGUUUAUAAAAACAUUUGAAUAUAAAUAUGGUUACAAUCACUCCGGUACUCCCAUUGGUCCAUUCUCUACCACAGCGCUGAAACUGAUGAAUACUGGAUUGGUUACAUUGGUUAAUACUGAAUCUGUUACCAAAAUGCUGGUGUGUUAAUAGGUUUAGUUAUUAGCCAAUCAAAAAUCCUUUAUUAUUAACCAACAGUAAUAUUUAAAUAUUUAUAUACUUUUAUUCACAUAAUAACUUGUGUAGUUUCUUCUUUAAAUCUGAAAUAUCACGACUUUGAUAAAUUUGUAUUAAAAAUAAUUUAUAUUCCUCUACAUUUCUAUCUCCAGAUUAGUUAUUUUCAUACAAUUUAUCCAUUUUUACCUGUCCUGUUAACAGAUUUUUCAACUACCUGGAGCCUUCACCUCCAUAUUUUCUAUGUCUAAAAGCGAUUAUUUACAUACAAUUUAUCAAUUUUUAGACAUUCUUAAAUUUUUUUUUUUAACUGGAGCCUUGGCCUGAUCUAUUUAUUCUAAAAAUAACCAUAAAAAUGUUCACCGGGGAGAAACGGUAUAAUGGGAUGAUAAGUAAAACGUGUAAUAUGAUUGGUUGAAACCUGUCAGGUGUUUAAGAAGGGGAGGUAACUUGUAUCUGACCUCUUGAACCCUGUUAUAGAGUUUAUAGUGUAGUACAAAAUAACGUUCUAAAAACCCUCUUGGUUCCGUGGAAAUACUGAGUCUACAGUAAUGUAAGUAACCCUGAAUAAGAAAUGUCUGGUUGUCCAAGACUUGCUGACUAAGAAAUGUCUCGGGAUCCAAGUCUGAGAAAUGUCUGGUUCUACAAGACUUGCACGAAUGAAGAAUGGUAUUUUCACCAAGAGGGUUUAAUUUAGAGGUUAUGUUUUCAGUGAAAUAUUAGCUUAGAAGAAUGUAGUCAUUAAUCAUUAUGAAAUAUUGUUUUGCUAAAUUCUUCGUAUAUUUCUAUAGGGUACGACUAAUAUAAAAGAUAUUUUUAUACAUUGGUGAUAAUUUUUACAUAGAUAUUAAUUUGUAUGUAUAAUUUAUGUAUUAUAUAAGUAAAUCUCCCCCCUCCCCCCUCUCCAAUCCCUUGCCAGAAACAUAAAUAUAUCCAUGUUAUUAUUGAAGUACAAUGUUGAAUCUUUUCAUUAGUUUAUUUGAAAAUAAAUUUUUGGAAUUAAAAUUUAAUUUUGAUGAAUUCAAUUUUCGAACAAUAAAUUAACUCAAAAUUUUCAUUCAGUUUGAAGAAAUAAAAACUUUUGAAAUGAAUUAAAGUGGUUUUUUAUCAUUUUUUUUUUUUUUUUUUUUGGGCGGAUUCUAAAAAUAUUCUGUGCUUAUAUUAAUUAAUUUUAAUUAUAUCAUAUUUUUAACCAAAGAAAAUUAAUAUUCAAAAACUACUAUUAUUAUUUACAAUCUGGUUAAAACACAGAUCAUAUUUCGUUUUGUUUUUUAUAGUUCCAAAUUUCGUUUUACAUGUCUUUACUACACUAGGAUCUGAAAUAGUUGUUAUAUAUCCCGCAUUCUGGAUGAUAUGAGGAAUUAGCCAAUGAAAUAGUCUGUUACGGGGAGUUUUUUGGUGUGAGGUGCACGGCACUGUGGGUAACCCACUAGAAACAUCAAUGUCUGAUGUCAUAGGGUCAAAGGCCGCUCGUAUGACCCCUGAUGCAACCUUCGAGUACAACUUGUCAUAUCUUCAUGUAGUGUAGGUCAUCGAAAGUAUAAAAAAAUGAAACGGAAUAUAGAUGUGUAUUUUAAUGAGAUUGUAUUAUUACUAGCAAUAUGGUUAUUAUGUUAAUAAGAGAUAUAUAUAAACAUAUUGAUAAUAUAUAUAAUAUUGUUAUACACAAAAUAUAAGUAAUAAUUAUUAUAUAAAACCUCCAACCUCAUGGGUUUCUCCGUCUCCUGGUUUCCUCCCCUGCACGCAAGCGAAUUAUUGAAAUAAAAUUAAACUUUAUUAGUCCUGAUAUGACCUAGUUUGUGUCGAGUGGACGUUAAACCCCAUUUCCCUCUCUGUAUAUAUAAAAGCCGUUGAAAAUGUUGGACAGCUCAAAUAAGCCUUGACGUAUUUAUCAUGGUACGGUUAGGGGCCCCUUAGUUAAAAUACGGAAAAGACAUUCAACAAUUACAUCCGUAAUAUGAAUGUAUGAAUAAAAAGAAAACUUUUUACAUCUUAUUUUUGGGAGGGUGUGAGGCGUGCAAGGGGCGGCAAUUUACUCAAGUGCACCAGAGCCGCCAUGUAUCUUAAUCCGACACUGCAAAUGAGAAGUGGUGGUAUAAUAGUAAAGUCUUAGAAACUGACUCCAGUGUUCUUGGGUAUCAAUUACGGCUAGAGUUUAAACUGGUACAAAACCCUACAUAAUGAUUAUCUCCAAACACCCCUCUUUCACAGAAUAGGCUCGCCCCUAAAUUGGAUGUUAAUCACUGUUAAUGGCAAGUUCAUGUUAUAUUAAAGGGGUGUUUUGUAUAAAUAACAAUAUUUGUCCAGUAAUUAUUAUUUAUUAAACUUUAUGCAGAUGAUUGAUUAUUGCUAUAAAAUUGUAAAUAUUCUUCAGUUUGUUGAAUUUACCAUGUUUUAAUAUUAAACAUAACAUUAAUUUGAUAUAUGAUACACUAUUCUCUCAGCACUUAUAACACUGUAACCCAAGUAUCAUUUAAUCUUGUGUAUCUAGCACUAAUUUCUUUCACAUUCCUUUAAUACCAAAUCUUUGUUUAAAAACCCGUAAAAAGUAUUUAUAGGCACCAAAAUCGUCUAAUUUGUACAUGUGUCUAGUUUAAAGCUGACUGAUUAAUUUUGAUAAUGGGUGUCCAAUUUACAAGUAUUUAAUUCACAAAUUUUUAAACAUAAACGAAUGUGAAAGAAAUUAGUGCUAAAUACACAAGAUUAAAUGAUACCUGUGUUACAGUGUAAUAUACCACUCCAACUAAAAUUAUUUUUGUUUUUUUUGUAAAUUUUGAGCUUUACUUUUUCGUGCGUAAGAUAAAAUUCAAACAGUCCUAAUCCAGCCGUCAAAAUAUCAAGUUUAAUGGCCGAAUUUAGCAGUAUUGAGUAUUGAGUAUCGAUAUGAUUUGUCUCACCACAUAAGAAAACAUGAAAUGGUCAGUCAUUCCACAAUCACUGACUUUAUACACUUAAAACUUUAUCACUAAAUGAUUUUAGUCUCGUUGAUGGUAAUAAAAAGUGGUUAUGAAAUGGCAAUCAUACCUGGCAUCAUCGUAAAUAAAAAGCUUAAUAAAACAUAAACGUUACAUUGGACCAAAAUAGAUCUGAAAUGAUAGAAGACACAAACAAUAUCGUCAUGACGUCCAUAAAACAUUGCUUGUAUUUGUUUUUGUUGGAACAAAAUAGAUCUGUCUGCAAUGAUAGCAAACACAAACAAUAUCGUCAUGACACCCAGAAAACAUUGCUCAUAUUUGGUUUGGUUGACCAGGGUUAAAAUCGAGAAAUACGAAUCCAAGAUCAAAAAAAAAAUUUAACGGUCAAGGAUUAAUUUAAAUAUUGAGUGGUAUAGACGAUCCAGAGGGGUUCCGAAACCGUCUUUCUACUCGCCAUCUGCCUUUCGGAAUUCUUUCUUUCUACUUAAUACAUUUUCAUCGUGUUUUAUGAUAAGUUGCGAGUCUCCCUCCACGUACUUUAACAAUUCUUGCCUGAAAAUUUACGAGGCUCCAUUUUUAUGAAAUCUUUUAUAGCGUUGUGAAUAUCAAUCAACCUCAGGUAGCGAACUAGACUAAACUGGUGCUGUUAACAGGAAUUCCUCGCAUGUUUGUGAUUGGUUGAAACCAGAAAUUCCUCGCAUAUUUUGAAAUAUUUAAGUUAUCGUAUGUAUUAGUCGAUCUUCUAUAAAAAAUAAAACUUCUGAAACAAGCGAAAAAUACAUGGCCGUGUCAAAAAUACUUUUGGUGCAAACAUUAUUUCUGGUUUGUGAUUUGUUGAAUAACAGAGAAUUAAAGUUAACCCUAAGAAUAUUCUAUACAUGGCUAGUAAUUUGUUGCCAUAUCUGAAGUAUUAUCAUAGAAUGUAGGCUAACGCAUUUGAAAACUUUCGAAACAAGAAAGAACAGAAAAUUAUUGAUACUGUAUUAUGUUUCAAUUUGAGCGCUUACAAGAAAUGAUUAAAAGUUUAGAAAACAAAAUUAGUUUCGGGGAAAAAGCACAGAGAUAACUGUAAAAAUAUGUAAAAUUUCUACAUCUUCGUUUGUACUAUGAAUUAUAAAAUGAACAUGUUGAGUAUUUAAAAUUUCUAUGUUAAAUGUGACCUGUUGUGGCAAAAUGUGUCGGAACUCGCAAAUCUUUUAACAGUGUAAACAAUGAUAUUAUAAUAGGCCAAAACUUUAUAUUUGACAAAUAAAAUACACUAAUAUUUCUUAAAAGCCUAUUUAGCCAUUUUGUUCAUAUCCAGUGACUUCCGACUCAUUUUCCUGUCAUGGAUCACAAAUUAUUAAACAAUAUGACAGCAUUAAUUAAUAGAGAGAGUAAUUAUUUUAAGAAUUAAUCCGAUUUUAGUAAUAGUCUUCCACGAAACUAUCUUAGCAUUACACUUUUUAUUCAGAUCUGGACCUCGUUUCAGAAUCGUACGACUCGUGUGUUUGUUUGCAUCCCUUUAAUUCACUGGCUUGCAUGUACACUUCGUGAAACAAGACCCAGAUAUUACUUUAUUAUCUCUCUUUAAUUCACUGGCUUGUGUGUACACUUCGUGAAAUAAGAUCCAAAUGUUUGCGUUUUUACCUCCCCUUGAUCCACUAUCUUGCGUGUACACUUCGUUAAACAAGACCUAGUUACCUCCCUUGAAUCCCCUGUCUCAGUAGAAGGUUUAUCUCUCAUACGAGUUAUAUAACGAAUCUAGUUCCAAUAAUAAUUGUAUGGAUAAUUAAUCACUAUGCAUAUUUUAUAGGUCAGAGGUCAACGUUGUGACCUUCGCAUCGUUUUACAAAAAUAUAACCAAAUAUUUUAUAUAUAACAUCAAAUUAUCAUCCUUCAUCAAAAAUUUUAACGAAGAACGGGAAAUAUUUUUGAAAGAGUGUACGUGUGCCUUUGAUAAAAAAAAUUCAGCCUUUUCAUUCAGCAUGAAAUCUACGGAGAAUUCGUCUUUCUAUUUUCUAAAUAUUUAGAUUAAAUAACAUAUCCCUAUUCAUAAAAUCUGAACAUUUUCAUCUUUUAGCAUAUUCUUGUUCGAUAGAUAAUUGAUAGAUAAUUAACGACAGUACCGUAGCCAGAGAAUGAUGCUGAGUUGGGUCUGGUAUAUCAGCAUUCAACCUCCCACUAACAACAUAAAAUUCUGGAAAUGAGGGAUUCAAUUAGGGGAACGAGUUGUUCUUCAUUCGGCGAGGGAUUCAAUUAGUGGAAAGAUCUCCCCCUUUUGAUUCGGCCCGCCAAGAAUAUUACAAAACGUAACUGUUUUUAUUGAGAAACCACCUCACCUCAUUCUCGCAGAGAAAACUGAGAUCGAUGCUGUCUCCAAAAUAAUAAUUUGAUUUAUUCGUUUGAUAAUAUACCCAAAAUCCAUCUGCACUUAGACAUUGGUCGGUGGGGCUAAAUGCGAUUGUUCCAAUAACCCCCUUCUUAGCAUAAUUCUCGCUACGGUACUGACAAUUAGUUUUAAAGAUAUACAUGUUUUUUUAGUCUGUAUUUUCCUUAAACAGUUUUCCUCUUUUUAGGAAACCUCGGCACUCACAAUUUUCAUUGCGUGGUACAUCAUUAAAAUGUUUGUUGCGUGUCUCCCAUAGUUUAACGUCAUGGUUUUUAAUGUGAGAUAUGAAGAAUCGUGAAUUUGUGUAAAUAAAUUUGAUAGUCACUUGUAAAUUACUACUGGAAUCAAAAAUUGUAAAUUAAUCAACCCAUAUUUUUUUGGUUGUUUUUUUUUUUUUUUUUUUUAGAGAAAUUGUAGAUAUAUGGAUAUUUUUUUUCCCUUUCUUCUAUUUCUGGGCCCUUAUUCACGAAAACUUAAACUAAGUUACAACCAAAAUUUUAAGAAAUACUGCAACUUCAUUGGAUAUAUGCAAAUUGAUUUUUACUGGUCAGCCAAUCGUUUUUGCAGUAUUUCUUAAAAUUUCGAUUGUACCUUAGUUUAAGUUUUCGUGAAUAAGGGCCCCGUUUGUGUACAAAUAGGUUAUGGUUGUUGUUUUCUAUAAAAAGUGCUUUCAAUCUGCUCGGAUUAUAUGUACACACAUAGAUUUAUUUAUAUUUGUCGUUAAAAACUGCCUAAUUAAUUAUUUAAUUGAUUGAUUGAUAUUAAUUGGCUUGGAACUAGGUGGUUGAUGAUAAUUUGUCAUUUUUUACUGCAAAGGCAUCUUUAUUAAUCAAGAAAGGAUGGGUUAUAUUUUGUAUCUUCACUGAGUCAGAACGGCCGAUGUGCGUCUUGUAAUCGUCGUCAAACCUAGAUAUAGUGAAGAUGUAUUUUAUCAUGUACUUUCACCACAGCGUUAUUUUAUGAAAACUUCAAACGAAAGUAAUAAAGAGGAUUCACGUUUUUUAUUGGUUCAGUUUUAAAAUCUUUGAACUCUUUGUUAAUGGAAAAACGGCUUUCUCGUUUUGCUUUUAUUGUAAGUUUUCGUAAAUAAAGCCGGUGUUUUAAAUAUUUUGUUAAAUAAAUGUACAGCAUUGUGUUAAUAUUGGAUUUUAACAGAAUUUUAUCAACUCAUUUGCUUAUGAUGUAAAUUAAUUAAAUAUUUUACAGAAACGUCUAUAAAGUAUGGAGGAACUGUCAAACUCUCGAAAACUACACUAUUGCGAAAUUUGAAACACUAAAAAAAAUAUCAAGCCAAAAUUCCCUUUCAUUGGAUACAAAGAUAUGAUAAAUAAACAAUUUGACAACCUUGACUUUCUUUACAAACAAGAUAUUUAUACAGAAUAUGUACAAAACAAACCAGAGUCACUAAAAUCUUGAAUGACAGACAGUGCUCACCCCAUUGUUGAAUUCUGGCUAUGUCAUUCGAAAUAUGUGACUAAAAGUAGGCUCAUUUUAACAGUAGGUUAUUUGACGUAAAAAGAUAUCUAUUUUUGUGGAUGAUAUUUAAUUAAGUUAAAUGUAAAUAAUUCUGUAGUUUUAUAAAAACUUGGAUUAACCGUGUCUACGGUUUUUACAUGAAAUAAACAGCAAAUUUUCUGUCAAUUUCAGAAUCUCGCUUUCAAUAUUGUGCAGUUGUAAGUCAUGCAUGUGUAAAUAAAAUGAAGUAAAAUUUUA